AUGUUGUCCCAUGCUCGGAACGUUACAAUCCAUGACGGAAACUUUGGGAUUGUGCACGGAAAUCAAUAUAUCAAAAAAUACAAUGCACCCAUCUCAAAGAGACCUGUAACUCAUGCUUAUGGCGACACUUUCAAUAACAGCACCGUUAGACGUACCACAAGGGACACUUGUAGCUAUGGUCAAGUAGGAAGCCAGUCUCCGGACUCUCAGUCCGCUAUCUUUCUGCCACGCAUGCCUCUUGCGCGUUUUCCAUCUUCCUGUAGUCACAUCUCAAUACGUUCUCUACCAAAGUCGGACCAUUCAGACUCAGCUUCAUCAAACUUUGAAAGCUCUGUCCUUCACACUCCAACAGAAUCGACUCGUCAUAAUAUCGGCUACCCAACGCAUCCUGGCGCGACACCUACUUGCUCCGCUGGUGCCUUGGGCUUUGAGCACCACAACUCGUCUUCCUUCCGGGGGAAUGAGCGUCAGGAUGACCCCUUCAUAGAGAGCUGUUGGAACUCGAAUGAAAUGCCUCAGAACAACGAGAUUCCACUGUUCAACUUGGCUCCCCACGCCCCACAGCGACCUAUAUCCGCUUGUAGUGAGCACACGAACGAUUCCAGAAAGCAGACACUAGGUAUUACAACACCCGCCCCUCAUUCCCGUUACACAGAUUCUCGACUGGGAUCUCCUAGGUCAUCCUCUCCUCCUCCUCCUGCUAUGUGUGGUACACGAGCUUGGUUGAGACAGACAGAGACGUUACAAGAUGAUCGUCCGUUCGCCGCCUCCCACAAUUCAACUUGCACUGAGCAGCCAACUAUCUUUGACCAAGGAGCAAGGAUGUUAGACUGUCGCAACUCAGAUUACGCCCCCAGUGAAGCUACCUCAUUCUAUAGAAUCCCUAGUGAACUCAACUGGGACGCCGAUGACGAGCACGAAAGCCAACUUGGGUCUGAGCGAGGGACGGUUUCCCCGUCAAAAGUUCGUGGUCUCAUUAACCAUAUCGUGGAAAUGGGAUUCACUCGGCGGGAAGUUGUCCGCUGCAUGAGGGCCAGUAAUAACGACCCAGAUCUCGCUGUUGAGUACCUCAUGAACGGGAUCCCAAAUGGACUGCGUCUUAAAUCUAAACUCCAUUGA